CCCGCCUCCGCUCCCUGGGGCCGCUGGCGUGUGCCGAGCCGCUGGGGCCGGGGGAGCGGGGCCGGGGCUGGGGCUGGGCCCGGCCCGUUGUUAUGGAGCCGGGGGAAACAGGAGUAAACACGGCCGGGGCGCCGCGGGCCGCCCGCCCGCCUUGGCCGGCGCUCAGCGGGGAGCGGCUUGGCCGGCCCCGAGCAUCCCCGGGCGGCGCGGCGGGCUCCGGCGGUACGGACCGGCCCGGGCGCUGCCCGCGGGGCACCGCGCUGCCGCCGCCCGAAGGCACGUUGGGGGCUCCCGCCGCGCCCCCCCCCCUCCCCCCGCGCCCCCGCUCUCUCUCGCCGCAGCCCGAGGCGGAGGGGAAGGAGCUCCCGGGAUGAGCUCAUUAUGUCGCCCCGGGGCUUGGGCCGGGUCCCGGGGCUGAUUUAUGCCGCUGAGCCGCUCUCCAGGCGGGCUGGCUCCGCUCGCUGCUUUCCCGCACGGAGAGCGCCGCCCGGCCCGGGGGCUCCGCCUGCCCGGGGAAGCACCACCCGGCCCGGGGACCGGCAUCCCGCCGUGCGGCACCCCUGGCAAAAGCAGCCCCCGCGCCCUCGGCUGCCGGCGGCGGUCCCCGGCUCUCCCGGGCUGGGAUGCUCCGGCGCUGCUGGGGCGGCUCUGGCUCGCAAGAAGGCGGCCCCAGACUGCCUGACCUCCCGGUGAACCGGCGCCUGCCACACUCAAUUUCUGUGAGCGGGAGCUGCGCCAGGGGCGGGCAGCGCCAGGGCGGCCGGUGGGUCGUCCGUAGCCCCGGGCCCGGUGCGCCGCGCCCCGCUCCUCUCCGCCGGCGGGGCUGCGGCCGGGCCGCCGCGGCGGAGCGCCCGCCGGGGUCCCCGGGAUGCGCGCCCGUGAUUGACGGCUCUUUGUUUCCUCCUCGCCGGCGGCGCCGGCCCCUCCCCGCUCGCGCCACCCCGCCCCGCCGCUCUCCGCUCCGCACCGGCGGCACCGGCGGCAUGGGGGCACCGGCGGCCGCGGGGGGCCCGGCGCUCGGCGCGCUCCUGGCGCUGCUCCUGCUGGGCGCCGCCGGCGCGGCUCGCCACGGGCUGCAAGUCAUCGACCUGCUGAUGGUGAGCGAGGCCCGGCAGAUGGCCAGCAUAACGCACAAGAUCCGGAUGGAGCUCCUGACGGUUAAUGACGUUUACCUCCUCUCCACCUUCCGCCUGCCCCCCAAGCAGGGGGGGACCCUCUUCGGCCUCUACUCCAAGAAGGACAACACGAGGUGGCUGGAGGUCUCUGUGGUGGGGAAAAUCAACAAAGUCCUGGUGCGUUACCUGCGGGAAGACAACAAGCUGCACUCGGUCAACCUGCAGCACGCGCACGUGGCGGACGGGCAGAGCCACACUAUCAUCGUGCGCCUGAGUGGGCUGCGCGGGGACAUGCUGAGCGUGGAGCUCUACGUCGACUGCAAGCAGAUGGACUCCAGCGUGGGGCUGCCCGAGCUGUCGGAGAUCCCCCUGGCAGAGGUGGAGUCCAUCGAGGUGCGCACGGGGCAGAAGGCCUACCAGAGGAUGCAGGGGUUCGUGGAGUCGAUGAAGCUCAUCCUGGGAGGGUCCAUGAGCCGCGUCGGGGCCCUGAGCGAGUGCCCUUUCCAAGGAGAUGAGUCCAUUCACAGCGCAGUGACAAGCGUGCUGGCCUCCAUCCUAGGCGAGCAGACCAAGGCACUGGUCACGCAGCUGACUCUCUUCAACCGGAUCCUGACUGAGCUGCGGGAAGACAUUAGGGACCAGGUGAAGGAGAUGUCUCUGAUCCGCAACACCAUCAUGGAGUGCCAGGUCUGCGGUGAGUGCUGGCAAGGCUCUGCUCCCAUUUCAGGGGGCAAAGGGCCACCCCAUCUCACCCCCUGCCCGGCCCUCCUCUUCUCAGGCUUCCAUGAGCACCGGUCCCGCUGCAACCCCAACCCCUGUUUCAGCGGCGUGGACUGCAUGGAGACGUAUGAGUACCCUGGGUACCGCUGCGGGCCCUGCCCACCGGGGCUGGAGGGUAACGGCACGCACUGCGCUGACAUCAAUGAGUGUGCUCAUGCCAACCCCUGCUUCCCUGGCUCCAAGUGCAUCAACACGGCCCCUGGCUUCCGCUGCGAGCCCUGUCCCCGCGGCUACCGGGGCAACACCGUCUCUGGCGUGGGGGUGGACUAUGCGAGGGCCAGCAAGCAGGUUUGCACAGAUAUCGACGAAUGCAACGAUGGGAACAACGGGGGCUGCGACCCCAACUCCAUCUGCACCAACACGCUGGGCUCCUACAAAUGUGGUCCCUGCAAGUCAGGGUUUGUGGGGAAUCAAACGUCUGGCUGCGUCCCACAGAAGUCCUGCAGCACUCCCACCUCCAACCCCUGCGACAUCAACGGCUUCUGCGUGUUCGAGAGGAACGGUGAAAUUUCCUGUGCGUGCAACGUGGGCUGGGCUGGCAACGGCAACGUGUGUGGGCAAGACACAGACCUCGAUGGCUACCCGGAUGAGCCCCUGCCCUGCAUCGACAAUAACAAGCACUGCAAGCAGGACAACUGCCGCCUGACACCGAAUUCGGGGCAGGAGGAUGCCGACAAUGAUGGCAUCGGGGACCAGUGUGAUGAUGACGCUGACGGCGAUGGGAUCAAGAACGUGGAGGACAACUGCCGGCUCUUCCCCAACAAGGACCAGCAGAACUCAGACACCGACUCCUUCGGGGACGCCUGCGAUAACUGCCCGAAUGUGCCCAAUAACGACCAGCGGGACACGGACAGCAACGGCGAGGGUGACGCAUGUGAUAAUGACAUCGAUGGGGACGGGAUUCCCAACAUGCUGGAUAACUGCCCCAAAGUGCCCAACCCUCUGCAGACGGACCGGGACGAGGACGGCGUCGGGGACGCAUGUGACAGUUGCCCUGAAAUGAGCAACCCCACUCAGACAGAUAUGGACAGCGACCUGGUAGGAGACAUCUGUGACACCAAUGAGGACAGCGAUGGGGAUGGGCAUCAGGACACCAAGGACAACUGCGCCGAGAUCCCAAACAGCUCCCAGCUGGACUCAGACAACGACGGGCUGGGGGAUGACUGUGACAAUGACGAUGACAACGAUGGCAUCCCUGACUACACGGCACCAGGCCCAGACAACUGCCGCCUCAUCCCCAACCCCAACCAGAAGGACUCGGACGGGAACGGCGUGGGUGACGUGUGUGAGGAGGACUUUGACAACGACACGGUGGUGGACCAGCUGGACGUGUGCCCCGAGAGUGCCGAGGUGACGCUGACGGACUUCCGCGCCUACCAGACUGUCAUCCUCGACCCCGAGGGGGACGCCCAGAUCGAUCCCAACUGGGUUGUCCUCAACCAGGGCAUGGAGAUCGUGCAGACCAUGAACAGUGACCCGGGCUUGGCUGUUGGCUACACGGCCUUCAACGGGGUGGACUUCGAGGGCACCUUCCACGUCAACACCGUCACUGAUGAUGAUUACGCCGGCUUCAUCUUCAGCUACCAGGACAGCGCCAGCUUCUACGUGGUGAUGUGGAAGCAAACAGAGCAGACGUACUGGCAGGCCACCCCCUUCCGUGCCGUGGCUGAGCCGGGACUGCAGCUCAAGGCAGUGAAGUCCUCGACGGGCCCUGGGGAGCACCUGCGCAAUGCGCUGUGGCACACGGGCCACACGCCCGACCACGUCCGCCUGCUCUGGAAGGACCCACGCAACGUGGGCUGGCGGGACAAGACGUCCUACCGCUGGCAGCUGGCGCACAGGCCCCAGGUGGGCUACAUCAGGGUGCGGCUGUACGAGGGCCCGCGGCUGGUGGCUGACUCCGGGGUGAUCAUUGACACCACCAUGCGUGGGGGGCGGCUGGGGGUCUUCUGCUUCUCCCAGGAGAACAUCAUCUGGUCCAACCUGCAGUACCGCUGCAACGACACGAUCCCCGCCGACUUCGAGCCCUUCCGCCGGUUCCUGCUGGAGGGACGCGAGUGAGCGGCCGCGCCCGGCCCGGGCCCACCCACCCCACCCCCCCGCCAGCGGCACCCAGGGGCGCUCCGGGCCCCGCAGCCCCUCCCGGCCGGGCCCCGCUCCCGGCCCCCCCCCCCCCCCCGCGGACUUUGCACUGCCGGUAGCGGCGCGUGCGGCCGGCAGCGGGGGCGAGCGGGGCUCCGUGGGUGCCGGGGCUGCUCGUCCCCGCCCUGCCCCGGGCGCUGCCUGCUGCUGUGGUCCCUGCCCGAAGUCUGGCCAUAAAGU